GCUCAAAGUCAAAUACGUUUGUAGCAAAUAUUUUCUUAUAACUUGCUUAGUCAAGAACAGUUCAAAAUGGAUUAUCAAGAAAAUAGUGUAGACCCAGACACAAAAGAUAACCCUACUGGCAACCAUGAAAACAGGUAUAAAGCCGAGAUAUCCAAAUUCUAUGCAACCAUUGCAACGGUUUCGAGAAACAUUCGUAAGGACGAUUGGACAUAUCUACAGCGCCACCCGGAGAUACGUGCCAUAAUCCGGGUCAUUACCAUGGAAGCAAUCAAUGCCAAGGCAUCGAAUAUCCAUCAAUUUGUAGCGGAUCUAUUUAGUUCCGAAAACGACAAGGAAUUGAUUGAAAAGAUAAACAGGCAACUUAAAGCGGUCAACGAAGAGAUGAGGGAAGGUAUCUGGACCAAUGCCGAUGGGGCUAUGAACUUUCCGGAAUCCUCCGAAAACUCCUCAGAAAAUAAUUCAGAUUGUCCAACACCAAAAUUAAACGACAACAAUCAGAAGGACGAGUUUGUCAAACCAGUUUGUCCAGAAAAUUUUAAGCCCAGUUGUAAAUAAAUUAAUUAAGUUUGUGAUUGAUUA